UUUCAUUUGGCACGCGAACUCCAUUAUGGACGAACAAUGGGACAGUGAUGGCGCCGCCGCAUCUCCGAUUGUCCUGCCGACCCUCGUAGACUUCUAUGGCAGAUUAUUGGGAUAUGUGGUGGUGUUGGGUGCCCUGUACUUGAUGGCGACGAAGUGCGCGACGGCGUUAGAAGAUUCUGAGCCCAAGGAAAGACCUGUCCUGCGCCAAGGACUAAUGGUGGAUGAAGAAGAAGAGGAAGACGACGAUGACAACGACAAUGUUGUCGAAGAGAUUGACACGGACGAGAUGCUCAAAGGCGAUGGCACGCGCAACCGUAAAGCAAGAAAGGCUGCGCCGCCAGCAUCGGGGCCCUUUCCCAAGGAACUCAAUCCUCUAACGUACAAGCAGCCCGACGGCGAGAAGGUGUCGUUCCGAGACUUGCACAACGCCAUGUUGAACCGGUACAAGACCAAGUACCCAAACCAUGGCCCAGACACACCGUCGACCAGUGCAGGCACCGACGAUUACGACGACGAAAUGAAGGCCCUCCUGCGGGAACACUUGGGCAAAUAAUCAGCAUUCCUCAUAUCCCCUUCGCAUCUCCCUCUUCUCAGCCGGCCCAUGAGCGUUUGCCGGCGAACGUUUCUUGGCUUUCCCGAGAAGUGCAUCGAAUCUCCCGACCGCAACAUCGUUGUCACAUUCUUUAAUGGAUCUUAGAGUCUUUUUCUCGACUGGAAUUAUUUAAUACUCUGAAGUGCAAAAGGCCUUCAAGCACCGUACGGUAUUAUUUUAAAUAUGUAUAUUGCCAAUACCAAG